AUGAAGUACGUGCUAGUGACGGGAGGGGUGGUGUCGGGGCUCGGGAAGGGCGUCACCGCCUCCUCCGUGGGCGUCCUCCUGCAGGCCAUGGGGCUCCGCGUCACCUCCAUCAAGAUAGAUCCAUAUAUCAAUGCGGACGCGGGGACCAUGAGUCCGUUCGAGCACGGCGAGGUGUUCGUGCUGGACGACGGCGGCGAGGCGGACCUGGACUUGGGCAACUACGAGCGGUUCCUCGACAUCUCGCUGUCGAAGGACAACAACAUCACCACCGGGAAGAUCUACCAGCAGGUCAUCGAGAAGGAGCGCCGCGGCGACUACCUCGGGAAGACCGUGCAGGUCGUGCCGCACAUCACCGACGCCAUCCAGGACUGGAUCGAGCGGGUGGCGCACGUGCCCGUGGACGGGCAGGGCGCGCCGCCGGACGUGUGCGUGAUCGAGCUCGGCGGGACGGUGGGCGACAUCGAGUCGAUGCCGUUCAUCGAGGCGCUCCGGCAGUUCCAGUUCCGCGUGGGCGCCGGCAACCUGUGCGUCAUCCACGUGUCCUACGUCCCCGUCCUCGGCGCCGUCGGGGAGCAGAAGACCAAGCCCACGCAGCACUCGGUGUCCGUCCUCCGCUCCCUCGGCCUCAACCCCACGCUCCUCGCCUGCCGCGCCGAGGCCAUGCUCCAGGAGCCCGUGCGCCAGAAACUCGCGCUCUUCUGCCAGGUGCCGUCGAUCAACGUCCUGACGAUGCACACGGCGUCCAACAUCUGGCACGUCCCCGGCAUGAUGCGCGACCAGCGGGCGCACGACACCAUCCUGUCGGCGCUGGGCCUCCAGCCGCGGCACCCGAUCAACCUGUCGCGCUUCGAGGGCCUGGCGAAGAAGUGGGACGCCCUGGAGGAGCGCGUGUGCAUCGCGAUGGUGGGCAAGUACACGGAGCUCAGCGACGCGUACCUGUCGGUCAUCAAGGCGCUCACGCACGCGUCGCUGCACGCCAACCGCAAGCUGGACAUCGCGUGGAUCGAGGCGGCCAACCUGGAGGACGUCGCCAAGGAGGAGGAGCCGGAGAAGUGGGAGGAGGCCUGGUCGAUGCUGCGCAACGCGGACGGCGUGCUGGUGCCGGGCGGGUUCGGCGAGCGCGGCGUCGAGGGCAAGAUCCUCGCGGCGGGUUACGCGCGCGUGUCGAAGAAGCCGUACCUGGGCAUCUGCCUGGGCAUGCAGGUGGCGGUGAUUGAGUUUGCCCGCAACGUCCUGGGGCUGCACGACGCGCACAGCGCCGAGUUCCAGGCGGCGUGCCCGACGCCCGUGGUGGUCUUCAUGCCGGAGGGCUCCAAGACGCACAUGGGCGGCACGAUGCGGCUCGGGUCGCGGCGCACGAUCCUGCAGCGCCUGGACUGCAUCUCCGCGCGGCUCUACCACCCCGCGACGGACCACAUCGACGAGCGGCACCGGCACCGGUACGAGGUCAACCCGGAGAUGGUCGAGCGCCUCGAGGCGGCGGGCCUGCGGUUCGUGGGCAAGGACGAGACGGGCCAGCGCAUGGAGAUUGUGGAGAUCAAGGGGCACCCCUUCUUCGUGGCCGCGCAGUUCCACCCGGAGUUCAAGAGCCGCCCCUUCAAACCCUCGCCGCUCUUCCUCGGGCUCGUCAUGGCCGCGUCCGGCCAGAUGGACUCGUACAUGACCAAGUCGGACUCGCCAACGGGCGCGGCCUCGCCCGCGUGA